CGUUUCCGGCUUCGUUAAAUUGCCGGUCCCACGCGUGUCCAUAGAUGUCGAACAGCUGUUACUUGAGGCGAUCAAAUUAGGGUUUGAGAAACAAGAAAGCGGCUCUCGAUGGGGCUGAACAGAUUAGUAUCCGCGAAUCGCCUGCUUAAACGCACGCGAUGGCAUUGCACCAGAGGGUAUAGUGCACAUGCUCCGAAAGGCCCAUCGCUCGAUGGAGUUAAAGAUAUUAUCGCCGUUGCUUCAGGCAAGGGCGGCGUCGGGAAGUCCACGACUGCAGUUAAUUUGGCAGUUGCACUUGCUAAUGCAUGUCAACUCAAAGUAGGUCUACUAGAUGCUGACAUAUAUGGGCCAUCUGUUCCUACAAUGAUGAAUCUCCAGGGAAAGCCAGAAGUGAGUAAAGAUAUGAAGAUGAUCCCUGUUGAAAACCAUGGAGUUCGAUGUAUGUCCAUUGGGUUUCUUGUCGACAAGGAUGCACCAAUUGUAUGGAGAGGUCCUAUGGUAAUGAGUGCUCUUGAGAAAAUGACAAGAGGAGUUGCUUGGGGAGACCUUGAUAUCCUUGUUGUUGACAUGCCUCCUGGCACUGGAGAUGCUCAGCUGUCAAUAUCCCAAAGACUGCAGUUAUCUGGUGCCUUGAUUGUUUCAACUCCACAAGAUAUUGCAUUAAUUGAUGCACGUAGAGGGGCUAAUAUGUUCCGCAAAGUUGAAGUCCCUAUUCUAGGACUAAUUGAGAACAUGAGCUGGUUCAAGUGUCCUCAUUGUGGUGAAAAAUCUUACAUAUUUGGAGAUGGUGGUGUACAAAGGACAGCCAAGGAAUUGGAUAUGAAGUUUCUUGGAGAGAUACCUUUGGAGCUAGAUAUAAGGAGUAGUUCUGAUGAGGGCAACCCCAUAGUUCUCGCAGCCCCGAAUUCUGGAGUUGCAAAAGCAUACACCGAUGUGGCGGAAAAGUUAACCAAACAACUCAAGGAGUUGGCAGAGGAACGGCAACUAGGCCCACAGAUUAUGUUGUGAGACGUCACAAUCUGGAGCUUCAUUAUAAGAUAACAAUGUGCCUAAAUUGCCUUCCAAAAUGGACAAUAGGUUUUCAUCAUAUGCAGUUGAGGUACUUCUAAGAAGUUUGCUAAAUGGGAAAAGAAACAUAGCAAUAAUAGACGAGCAACAAGUGAUCAAGGACCCUGAAGGGUACAUGGACAAAGAUAUCUGUGCUUGUAAUAUAAUUUUUGGUAUUUAGAUUAAGAGGUUCAGGCUGGCGAAUUUGUUAUAUAAAAACCUAUGCAUGUAAAGCAACUGAUGAGGAUCAGAUUAGUUGUUGUUUCCUUGUAACUGUUUUUGUAACUGAGUUAUUAAGAACAGUUGAGGUAGAAUUCCAAGAAAUUUAUUUUGAA